AUGCAAGAUUCCGGGGAGAUGCCGGGGCCCGGAGAAACACCGAACGAGGCAUUGCUGGCGACCAUCCUGCAAACUGGCGGGACGGGGAUUGUUGAGUACUACAUCUGCAAACCCCUUGUGAAGGAGCAGUGGGACGAGGAGCAGACACGCCGUAUGGAGGAGAUGCNGGGUGGCGGAGAGUCCGGCGACCCAGGUGGGGACGGCGGUAGCGAUGGUGAUCCCGGCGACUCCGAGAACCUCGAGGAGUUGAAGUAUGAUCCAGCCGACGACCGCUACCCCCGCGGGCUAGAAGGGAAGAAACUCCUCUUGGGCGCCUCGAAUGCUGGCCCGCUGCGCCAUGGGCUUGAGAGUGGCCGCACGCGGAAGCAGACCCGGGAGAUGCAAGGUGCCGGGGAGAUGCCGGGGCCCGGAGAAACACCGAACGAGGCAUUGCUGGCGACCAUCCUGCAAACUGGCGGGACGGGGAUUGUUGAGUACUACAUCUGCAAACCCCUUGUGAAGGAGCAGUGGGACGAGGAGCAGACACGCCGUAUGGAGGAGAUGUACAGGCGCGAGAUGCAGGAGGUGUUGGGCCCGGAACAGCAGGCGUUCGGGGCCGAGGUCGACGCCAGCGGGUCUUCGCAACCACUCCCAGACCCACAGCUAAGUAUGACCUCGCCAAUCGGGCAGAAGCCGAGUGAUGUGGAAGCAGUACCGAUGACGUACAAGGAUGUGAUGUUUUCCAAGUACAAGGUUUUCUGGGAGGCGGCCAUGAACAAAGAGAUAGAUGGCCACGACAUGACUGGAACCUUUACCGAGGUCAAGGAGCUGCCCGAGGGGCGGAAGGCCAUAGGUUCAAAGUGGGUGUUCUCUUGGAAGACGAAUGAGAAGGCCUGAUAGUCGACUUCAACCCCCGUAUGGUUGCGCGGGGUUUCUCUCAAUCCCCGGCAUCAACUUCCACCACUCAUCCUCAGAGUGCCCGUCUGCAGCAUCUAUCAAGACGGUGCUUGCCGUAGCGAUUGAAAGGGCAAGAAACUCGCUCACUGGGAUGUGAAGCAAGCGUACAUCCACGCUAAGC